UUCAAAAACUGUAUAUUGACACAUGUGCUGUUUCGUUGCAAAACUCAUUUCUUUUGAAAACGUUGGACUCGAUUGCGUUGGCAUCUCUUCCAUCCAUAAACAUUGCUUAUGUCACGCAUUGACACGCAUCGUUCUUCACAGAGAACAACAAAAUUUUUCGAUUUAUAUGCCCCAGCAACAAAAACAAUAGUAAUAUCGACUGACACAACCAACCACAUCCAACAAUCCUGGGCACAAGACAAUUGAAUGUGCGCGAGUGCCCAAAGGACUCGCUCCUGCAGACGCAGUUCGAUGCUCGGAAUUCUGAAAUUCUCUUAUCGCCCAGCCACUCCCACAUAAAUAUAAAUAAAUACAUACAAAUAAAUAACAAGGACGUGGGAGUUGGAAAACGGAGUCGGUCAUGGAGCGCAAUCGAAAACAAUAACAAUACCACAAAUAAAGGCAGAAGGCGGCUCUGAAUUCGCACACGAUUUUUCGGUAAAAUAAUAAGGAAGCAAUCAAGUGGAAAAAUAUGUAAUAUGAGAGUAUGCUUGGAGUUUUUUGUUGCAUCUGCAGUGUUGAUUGCUUUAUGUGGAGCUGAUGUCUCUCACCUGAAGGCAGAAAAGAUUGAUUUGCCAUUCAAUGACUUACUGCCCCCACUAUUGGAAGAAUCCAGCACCUCAACAACUACAACAACCACGGCAAAGCCAAUUACCACCACAUUGGCCACUAAGCCUACAAAGAAAUCUUACUACCAAAAGCCGGCUCAGGAAAAGCCCAAACCCACUGUGGCCAAGGAAGAUAUUCAGAAGCUGUCCCUGGACUUACUGCCACCUUUUGAGGAUGAAAAGCCAGCAGAGGAAAAGUCUCAAAAAACUGUGAAAAGUGAGCCCAGUCCUGUAGUGAAGCCCACUCAAAAGGCAGUGGUGCCAGUUCCUGCAAAGCCAUUUGUCCCUGUCGCUGCCAAACCAGUGGUGCACAUAACUCCAAAGCCAGUGGUGCAUACCACUUCCAGGCCCUUGGUGCAUGAUACUCCUAGACCCGUGGCUCAGGUAGCGCCGCAGCAGCCUCAGUACUCUGUGCAUCCUGCCCCACAAGUGACUGCGUCCAGAUCCGGAUUCCAGUCCCGAUUCUCCAACUACUUCCUCACCAGCACUGUUCGACCAAGGCGCGGUCCUCUGCCCACAAUCACUCCCUUCCCCCACUUCGUCAGGCUGUAGGAAUCCAUUUAAUUAGAUUAGAUAAGCAACUAUGCAAAGGCCAAGUCAAAACAUAAAAUAAACAAGAAACGACACACUGAGAUAAUGAGUGGAAAAUAUUUGGUAUUAUAAACGACUGUUGAAGCAUGAAAUUCGGAAAAAAACACAGAAAACAUACACACACUCAAAACUAUGCUGAUGGAUCUUAAAUAAUUUAUGAGCACACAAAGGCGAACAUUUUAGAUCAGAAAAUCAUAAAUGUAUAUCUUUAAAUUUA